AACCGGUGUGGAGGAAAAGGAAGGAGCGAGCAGUAGCUGAAACGUGGUCAGAAAAAAACAACAGACAGUGUAGAGCUUUGUUUAACUUCUUCUGUCUGAUUCGGAUCGAAUAACAAUAAUUCAGAUUAUAGUGGUUGUUUUUUGUUUGUUGCGGGCGCGGCUGAGUCUCUCUGCGCGGGGUUUCAUUUCUCUUUCAGUCGGCGCUCGAAAACGGAAUGAAUGACCAAGACAAAGGUUGACGCAGCGUCUCCGACUCACUUCGUCUCGGCUAAGGAAAAGAGACUCCGGAGCAAAAUGGAAACGGAGAGCGGGAACGAAACCGCAGACGGCGUGCAGGCGCAGGCGGUGAUCCACGAGAAGAAGAAACCGCACCGCGCGCCAUCGCCCGCGAGACCCAAGGACGUGCCGGGAUGGUCCAUCACCAAAAUCCGGGGAGGCAUCGGUACACCGAGCCUCAGCGUCAAACCGGGGGCGAUCCAUUUAGGGAGCCGACUGUCCAGGCGCAGCCCGGUUAGCGGCAAGGAAACAAAGGGCGACAAGAUCGGGAAAUCGUCGGGGAAAGCCGCGCUGUCUGCGCUCGGUGCUACAAAGAGCGGCGUGAAAUCGAGCAAGGCCGCUCGGAGGAAAGUAUCAGAUGCCAGUAUCGCGUCCGACGAUCUGAGCAAAGACUCAGGCAAGGAGUCGGGCAAACUCUCGCCCACGGACAGCAGCUCCGAGCUCUCCGAGUGCGCCUCGGAGGAGAAUAAACUCUCCACGGACGCGCUGAGCAGCGACACCGAGAGCAGCGCGCGCGGCGAGCGGGACAGAGAGCGGCUCGCGCUGGGGGGAGACGCCGGACAGGACAGCACUUCCCCGGGGGACGAGCGCUCGCUCACCUCGCUCGACAGCCGGAUGCCCGCGAGCACCUCUCUGGCCUUCUCCGAUCUGAACGAGGAGCUCGCGGACGGCGCGCACGAGGAGUUUCUCCGAGAGAUCGAGGAACUGAGGUCUGAAAACGACUAUUUAAAGGAUGAGGUUGAGGAGCUGCGCUCAGAGAUGCUGGAGAUGAGGGACAUGUACAUGGAGGAGGAUGUGUACCAGCUCCAGGAACUUAGGCAGCAACUGGAGCAGGCCAACAAGACAUGUCGCAUCCUGCAGUACCGACUACGCAAGGCCGAGAGACGCAGCCUGCGCGUAGCUCAAACCGGGCAGGUGGAUGGCGAGCUCAUCCGCACUUUAGAGCAAGAUGUUAAGGUGGCCAAGGAUGUGUCCAUCCGCUUGCACAAUGAGCUGGACGCAGUGGAGAAGAAGAGGAGUCGUCUGGAGCAGGAGAACGAGGAGUUGCAAGUGAAGCUUCAGGACCUGGAAGUGGCCAAGCAGGUCCUGCAGGCCGAGCUGGAGAAGAGCCGAGAGAACUCUCUAAAAAAGCGAGGUGCAAGACCAAACAACAAACCUGAUAAGAAGACAUCACCACAGCCUUCAGAGGAUAGUUCCGACCUGAAGUGCCAGCUCCAUUUUGCCAAGGAGGAGUCAGCACUAAUGUGCAAGAAACUCACCAAGAUAGUUAAAGACAAUGAGGUGAUGAAGGAAGAACUGACCAAAUACCGUUCACUCUAUGGAGACAUGGAGACAUCAUUGACGGUGGAUGAGGUGGCCGACUCGCCCCACACGCGUGAAGCCGAGGUCCGAAUUCACCUGAAGCUUGUUGAGGAGGAAGCCAACCUGCUGAGCCGAAGGAUAGUGGAGCUGGAGGUAGAGAAUCGUGGUCUCCGGGCUGAAAUGGAUGACAUGAAAAUUCAGGAAACCCCCGGAGGUCUUGCAGUUGCGACAGGUGUUGGUCAGCUGCUGAUUUCACCUUCGGCUGAAAAUGUUAUGGAGCUGCAGCGGCACCUGCAGUUUGUAGAAGAAGAGGCAGAUCUGCUGAGACGGUCACUUAUGGAAUUGGAGGAGCAGAACAAGCUCCUGAUGAACGAACUUAACCGUUAUAAGUCAGAGCUACCUCCUGAUUCUGAUAUUGAGUCUUUGUCACCAUCCACCAUCAUUCCUCCAUCCAUCACUCCUGCUUCUGAAGAAGGUUCUCAAAAUGAGGCAUCCCAAGAAGCACUGUUGGCAGCCAGGCUUCAAAUCAGUGACCUGAGCAGUAAGGUAAAGAAGCUCCAGUAUGAGAACCGCAUUCUGCUGUCCAACCUCCAGCGCUGUGACCUGGCUUCCAGACGUCUGGAGAUUCGGCCCGCCCUGGAAACUGACGCAGAGGCUGGGGACUCAGCCGAGUGCGUGCCCGGCCCAGAGUGUAAUGAUGGCCCAAUUGAUAGUGGACAAUGUCUAGAGGACAAGGAUGAGAAGGUGACAGGAAACAACCAUUCCCUUUCUGAUCAGUGCCUCAGCAUCAAAGAACUCUUGGCCAUCCGUGACCAGGCCCAGAUAAUUACCUCAGCAAUCCAGCUCCUUGUGUCUGCCGAUCUCAACUGUCUUCUAGCCGUCUCAUCAGACACACUAUUACAUAAAAUCACUGCUAGGGAAUCUGGAGACGCUGGGUUCCUAGAGAAGAACCAAGUACAGAGCUCUAAUCUGUCUCUUGUUGAGGUCCUCCACAGUAGGCUUCAGUCUCUGCAGGGCCAGUUGCAGGCUCUCAGUCAGAGGAUAGAUGUCCUGGGAGAGUCCCCUGAGAACAGGCAUGUACACGUAGUCUCUCAGUCAGCAGACUCCUGCCCUGUUGAUACCCAGGUCAAUCAGAUGACAGUUCAGCAGAAGCCCACCAUUAGGGACCAAGCAGAUGUCAAAGAUCACGAUGUGCACCUGUACAAAGCUGACGAGAGCACCAGCAAUACCGACAGCAACAAAGACCAUGUUACAGACGUGUUGGAGACCGAUUGUGCCCUGCUUCUGGAGCAGGUUCGUGAGCUUCAGGCUCAGCUAUGCGAGGCAAAGGAGAAGGCGGAGAAAACUCAAGAGAAGCUGGCACUGGAGAAUCAAGCUCACCAUGAAUACACACAAUCCUGCUCCCAGAAACUCUCUCAGCUGCAGGAAGAGCACAAGAAGGUGCUGGUGCGCCUGGAUUUCCAGCUGCAGAGCAUGAGCUUGCAAACACGGUUACAGCAGAAGAUCUGGAGCCAGGAGAGAAACGUGUUGGUGCAGGAAUCCCAGCAGCUCAAACAGAUCCUACUGCUGGUCAGCCUCAAGUUACGCUGGCUGCUAAAGCAGUGGAGGCUCGGCAAGAAGUUUGAUGCAGAGGACAAGGACAUGCUGCAGAUUAACAGCACUAAGGAGCUUCACCACUCUCUGGAGGACGAUGGCCUUGUCCCUCACCAUGGACACAAUAAAAUGGCAGCCACCAAGGAACAGCCACCAAGUCCAACCAACAAAGACCACAGCCUUACUGAGAAUAACCUCCAGCAGGCUAGUGAUCUGAGUGCCACCUUGUCGGACCUGAAGGCGGCUCUUCAGGAUCUGAGCACCGAGUUGCGUGAGGAGCGUCAGAGCUCCCAGGAGCUAACGCAGCAGUUUGCCCGAGCUAAGGCCUCCUGGGAGGUGGAGCGCACCGAGCUCAAAAGACUCAUCACCCAGCUGGAGGGGAAGGCAGGGAAGAUGUCUGCAGCUGGUACUGACAUGGAUCCUCCAGAUCUGAAAGGGGCUCUGAAGAGAGAGCGGGAGGAGCACCAACAUCUGCUGGCAGACUCGUACGCCGCAGUAAUGGAUCUGACAAAACAGCUACAAAUUAGCGAGAGAAACUGGAGCAGAGAGAAGCUGGAGCUUCUCGAACAUUUCAAUCAGGAGAGGAACCAGUGGGAACAGAGGCUCCAUGAUACCCAGAGCAAGGGCACACAGUCCCUCAAUGGCAUUGGGAUAUCCACUGAUGAAACGACAACUGAAACAACCCCUCAGAGAAGAACCCAACCGAUUUCCUCCUUUUCAGACCUUGAGCGUUUGCUGGACGUCACUUCAUCCUUCCAACAUCGUGAAGUCAGUGGAAUCGCUGAGGGAAAGGCUGGGAAACAUCAGUUUAAUGAUCUUGUGAGCUGCACAGACUUGAGAGAGCUUAACCAGAAGAACUGGAGAUAUCUAAAUAGUGAAUCAUCUUCUCUGGAAAAAGCUGAGCCUUUUAAAACCUGGGACUGCCCCAGUACAAGCUUUCCAGAGCUACAACUGAGCGUGGAACAUGUGCAAAGAAGUUACACUGCCCCAGACAAAACAGGCAUCCGUAUAUACUACAGUCCUCCAGCUGUCAGGAGGAUGGAAAGGAAGGUCAAGGAGUUGAGCUCAAACAACGCUCCGCUGGGACACCAGUUUUUUGGUGCAACUAACUCAGACCAAGCGGGACUAUCUUCAGCAACACAAACUUCCUCUUCACAUUUGUCAUCGUCAUAUGAUCAAUGGCUAAACUCACUGUCCCAGCAGCACAGGGACUUACUAGAAGGCAGGACAGGCAACUCUGGGGCCUUCCACACCCUCGAGAUUUCUGCAAAUCUGAGUGACGACAUGAAGGAGAUGACUAAUUGCAUGCGACAGGCCAUUCGUUCUAGCUCCCUUGAAAGGAAAUGCAGCAAAGAUGCAGGAUGUCAGACUGUGGGCUUCACCAGCACAGGAACACAGACAGCUAAAUUUGUCAGUGUAGGCCUGCAGACUGAGAGUCCAACACCCCGAGGGGCAGGAUUCCAUGGGAAGAUGUGGUCUCCACGCCCAUCCACCUCGCUCACUUCAGCACGAUCACGCCAGAUCUCCUCGUCACUGGAGAAAGUGCAGAGCCGCAUCGACCGACCCUGCUGCUCACCAAAAUAUGGCUCACCCAAGCUCACAAGAAGGGUCUCUUCUUCAUCCUCAUCCUCCAAACUGGAGACAUCAUCCACCUCCUCAAGAGAUCGAAGCAUCUGGAAUCUGCCAAACCGCAACAUUGCCCAGAGUGGAUCUGCAUGGGCUCGGUCCACCACAACCCGUGACAGUCCUGUACUCAGUGGCCUCAAUGAUGGUCUGUCCAGCCUCUUCAGCGUUGUGGAGCAUACCUCCAGCAUGGAGUCACUCUGGAGGGGUGACACGUGCCCUGGAAGGCAAGCUGCAGGCAAGCCCUCUUGCCCCAGUGUUGGCAUCAACCUUGGUGACCCCAGCACUCAGAAGUAUGGGAUUGUUCAGGAUUUCUUCCAAAAUGUGUGUGGACGGACAUUGCCAGGAGAGAAAACUGUAGUUAUAGAUGAGCCCAAGCCUGAGUGUCUCACCAGUGCUUUGAUAGGAGCAGACAGCAUCACGAAGAUUGUCAAUAAGAGGUUUAUGAGACAAACAUUGAGGGAUGAUGCUGUCAGUGGGAAGGAGUCUAAUUCAAGCGCCAGUAGUCCAGAGGAUUCAUCUUGUGACUGCAAAUCACAGUCUCGCUCCUCCCGCUCUACAGUUCGCCACACCCACAGCCAGUGCAAGCACCGCAUACAGGAGACUGGCUUGGCUAAUGAUGAGAGAUUGGAAGUCACCAAUGAGUGAUGAAAAAGACAGCAUGGCUUCUCUCACUGCUUUAAAGCAAACACACACAGAUAUACGGGCCCACACAUACUACCCCACAAAUGCACUGCCAUAUAUAAACUUGCACAUAAGCAACCACACGAAUCCACAGCAAAAUACAUGUCUGGAGAUUUUCAAGAACCAGUGAUCAGCACAAGGAUUGAUGCCAAGGAAUAUUACUCAGCCAGCCUGACCACAAUUUUAAGGUCACCAUUUUGUAUCCAACCAGCAGCACAGCUCAACUCUGCCAUCUUAAUGAAAUGGCCUUCGGACAGACGUAAGGGGUCAAUCUACAGUACUGCGUAUGAUAGGGGAGGAUAUGCAGAGUAGAAGGAAAACAUAUAGAAUUAAGUUAAAUCCUGAUGGUGAUGGCUUGUGUGUUUAACUGCUCAAAUCCCAGUUGGAUUUAAUGGAUUUACAAAUUUGCUUUCUAAAGAUGUAGAACAUAAAAGCCUUGAACAGACAUGUAUAGCUGUUCAUUUCAUCCCCAUAAUCAAAACCACAAAUGCCUCCAUGAUUUAAAUAUCAUAGUUCAGCGAUCUUAUUCAACAUGUUGCACUGGGGAGCUUUUAGAAUUUUUUUUUGGUAAUUUAAUUAUUGCUGUAUUACUGUAAAAUGACUAUAACACAUGUGACUGAAAAUAUUUAUUCAGAACACAUGUUGAAGCUCAUUUGAGUCUUUAUGUAGGACCAUUCGGCACUGGGAAGCCAAAGGACAUUUUUUUUUAUCAACGCAGGGAGUUGUGCAUGUAACUGAUCUGUGCGUGUAACUCCUCAUUGUAACUACCUGAGAGUGACAUUGCGUAAGACCCGUCUUAUACACAUCAUCUGUCUCUUCUCAAAAGCCUCGAGUCCUAGAGUUUGUCAAUCAACCUUGAUGUUUAUGAAGCCAUGAGAGGAUUUUAGUACUGCCAGAUGUAAGCGUUUCCCCAGAUGUACAUUUUAAGUAUUGAAGGAACUAUUUUCCCACCUUAAAUUAUGUAUUUAUAACUGAGAUUAGAAUGGUGCUAUAUAAAUGAGAAUCUUUAUCAUAUUUAUGUAAAUUGAAUGGCAGUGACAUUUCAGGCUUAAGCUGAAGUGAUGAAAAUAUUUCAUAUUUCAUAUUUAAUCGAGUUCACUGGUUGAUGAUGCAUCAGCAUUAACCACUGUCUGGUGUGUGGACACACACCCACCCACCCACACACACACACACACACACACACACACACACAGAUCCUCUCGAAAUGGCAAGUCAUGGCAGUCAGGCUCUUUUUCUUUCUGCCUCAGCUCUUCAGUAAAUAGGGCAUUAAUGGGGAGCUGCAUUUCUUCAUUGCCAUUGACUAGGUUUCUGUCCACAGCCUCUGCCAUGAAAUGUAAUUACCAAUCUGCCAAGAUUCCAAUACGCCUCUUGCAUUAUACCUCUUGCUGCUACCUCUUUCAUUUUUACUUUUAUUACUCCAAAUUCAUUGGUUUGUUUUUAAAGUCUCAAGUGUGCCUUUGUAUCUUUUCAAAGAAAUUAAGAAGUUUUUAAGUAGUAGUAUUUAGUGAGGAGCUGCAUGCCGUGAGAGCACCGGUGAAAUUUGCAGUGGACUCAUCUUGAGCUUAAAGUUCAUUAUUUGCUAUAAACUCGAAUGUGGUAGCAGCCAUCAUCAACUGAAACAGUUUCCGAAGAAUGAACUACUCUGAUUUUGGUCAAUGAUCUUCUGGUCAUAACUAGUCACUAUUGUAGCUACUGUACAGACUGUCCAAGGCUGGCAUUUAUUGUAGGGAAAAGUUUUAUACCUGACGUUCAGUAAUCCAUUGUCUUGAUGUGUAUUGUUGGUAUGUUGGUGAGCUUGGUCUAAAUGAUCCCUAAAAAUGCUAAUGGACUCAUUGGGGGAGGACUAAAGCUCGAAUCCUUCGGCUGUCAUACUGACUCAUUUUCAAAUCUGAACUCCAGCCAAGUGCUUUAAAGUCUUAUCUACACGCUACUUAAAAGAAAGCUCCAAUGGUACAACUACCACUAGUAGUGUAAUUUGCGUAAAUUACUUCCAAACAAUUACACAAAUCGUCUGUACUGGGUAUAAACACACGUUCCUGCCCUCACUCAUCCUUUCCUUAUUAUUUCAGAUCUAUCUGUCAUGACAUCUAGCAAUACCUAAAUGACAUUGUAGCUUAAUAUCAUUUGCUAAAUUAUUGUCAAUGCUUGUACAUGUUGUUUUUUUCUCUCUUUUUUAUUGAAUAAAAAUAGUGAGUAAACACUACGUAGUAUUUUACCCGUAAACAUACUGUACAUAAACAAUUUAUACUCUUUGUAUCUUAGUCUAGAAAAACUCUGAAAUGUCUAUGCUGAAGAGGCUUGGGCAAUUAGAGUUCAUAUCUUCAAAAAAAAAAAAGUUUUUCUUUUUGUGUAAAUAGCUUCAUUCUGCAGAAAAGAGAAUAUGCCAAAUUCAAACUGAAAUUGUUUUUGUGUGGGGAAGGAUUGGCUUGGUUGUUGCCUCAAAUUAAACUUUCCUCUUUGUUAAAAUUGACAAAUAAAUGUUUGUUGAAAAA